CCCUCUCCGCCUCAUUGCAUAAUUACUGUUUCACCUAUUUGAUUAUUCGUGAAAAAUUCUGUCCAUUGAGAUAAAGCCCGCAAAACAAAGCGUUGCCCAAGUCGUAUCGCGUUGAAUGGAAAAUAGUUUAUUUUUAGUGCUGACGGUGCGGAUUUGAUACGUGCUGCGCUCCAUCGCGCUCUGCUGGGUUUCUCCUACCCGUGGAAGAUUCAUUAGCAGCACUGCCUCAGACUGAACAGGUCUUCGACCCUCGCUGCAGCAUCCUGACGACCCGCACCGAGACGUAGCGUUGAAAAUCACUGAUGACGAUAGUCAGCUCCCUGCUCAUACCGAGCUCUCUAAACAAACCAGAUACGUAACAUCGCUGCAUGGAGCGUGUCUCUGGUGUCUUUAAUAUCAGACAGAAACUCCCUCCAGCCCUUUCAGUCAGCAGAAAGCCGACUGCUUCGCUAUCGAUCCUGCCCAUCCUUCAGCCGCGAUGGGUUGUCAAGACUGAACGCAGCGCAGCCCGGCAUAGAGGUUCGGCACUAAAUACUCCACGCUGUGGUUUCGCAAGGUGACGGUGUGAGCCAACCAACAAGAUGCCGGAACAGAGCAAUGAUUACAGGGUGGUGGUGUUCGGAGCGGGAGGCGUGGGCAAGAGCUCGCUGGUGCUCCGGUUUGUCAAAGGGACCUUCCGGGAGAGCUACAUCCCCACGAUCGAAGACACUUACCGCCAGGUCAUCAGUUGUGACAAGAGCAUCUGCACUUUGCAGAUCACUGACACCACGGGGAGUCACCAGUUCCCGGCCAUGCAGCGCCUCUCCAUCUCCAAAGGGCACGCCUUCAUCCUCGUUUACUCCAUCACAAGCAAACAGUCUUUGGAAGAACUGAAGCCCAUCUACGAACAAGUAUGCCAGAUCAAGGGAGACGUGGAGAGCAUCCCCAUCAUGCUGGUGGGGAACAAGUGCGACGACACGCUGAGGGAGGUGCAAGCCAGUGACGGCGAGUCCCAAGCCAAGCGGUGGAAGUGCGGCUUCAUGGAGACCUCGGCCAAGACCAAUCACAACGUGAAGGAGCUCUUCCAGGAACUGCUGAACCUGGAGAAGCGCAGGGCGGUGAGCCUGCAAAUCGACGGGAAGAAAUCGAAGCAGCAAAAGAGGACAGAGAAACUGAAGGGGAAGUGUGUCGUUAUGUGAACUGCCACCAGCCCGUAGGCAACAGUCACAAAAAAAAACUCUGCACCGGGCAGAUUCAACAUAAAGAGAAGAAACUGACCCGGCGGCCGUCCGUGCGGCUUUAUCUCAAAGACGAAACGUGUUGUCUUUUAUUUUCAUCAAGCCAAAAUAAGUUUUAAGACAUAAAUGAAGUGUCCCCUUGCGGAACUAUUAGGUUGCCCUGAUGGAGGAGCUGUGUAUUUCUAUUAAAUAGCAAAGUUUCUUCUUUUAAAUGAUCCGAAUGCAACACGAGUAUUUAUAUUUGAGUACAAAGCCACUAAUUAAAGCACACUCAUUUUGACGUGUUCAGUCACGGUUAUUUUUAUUUAUUAAAGCAUCGAGACGUAUUCACUAACAAAGAGCACCUUAUUAAUGCAAACAUAUUCUAAAAUAAGGUCCAUGGACAAAUAUUUUUAAGAUCAAUGGACAAAUAGUUUCAAUCAAUAUAACUGGAAAUGUCAUAAUAAUGAACUAUUGAUUUAAGCUAUUUAUACAAUAAAUGCAUUAACCUUGCAUGACGUUUUAAAUAAAACAUAUUCUAAAAUCAGUGCUGAUAACGUUUAAUCCUGGUGAGUUUCUCUUUACAGCAUUUUUUCCCCAAUUUUAUUCUUGUGGGUGAGGAUUGGGUUUGUGGGGGUAACAAUAAAACUGUAAAGUUACUGAAUAGCACAGUGAUCAUGUACAUCCAGUUCAUUUUACAUAGCGUCACUCAGUCUAUAGAUAAAUAGCACCAUGGAUUUUUAAAAUGCGGGCACCGUCUGUUAUGCCUCCAAAGAGGAGGCUUGUGUGUCAUUACGUUUUGUAAGCUCAAUAACAAGAAGGGAGUAAUAAGCAUGAAGAAAAUUUUUUACAUCAAAGGGCGAAAGGCAGUAAAUAGUUGAUCAAAUAGUGUCCAAUACUUGUUGGAAGAAAGCUGGCAGAAGUUUAAAUAUAUUUAAGCAAAGCAUUGAUCCGACUGAAGGGAUAUGAUAAUGAAUUAUUUUGUAGAGACGUAUUGUUCCAUUCGCUCCAAAUUGAAAUGUAUGUUUUUUUUUCGGGAGCAACUGCUUGAUAUAGAAAUAAAGCAAAUGUAUUAAUUCUCUUAAGAAUCAUUGAAAUAUAUUUCAUUAAUGUUAUUUAAAUGCCUGUACCUAAGUCAUUUGUGCCUACAAGUUUUUACAGUCCUACGCUGUAUAUUUCACAUUGACAAUAAAAUAGCUCACUUUGC